UUCCCGCCCAACCAAAACGGAUGCCGUGUCGCUAUGGUCGCCAGACAGUUUUUUAGCCGCCAGUGAUGGCUGGUUCUCCACUGGAAAAACUAAUCCAUUCCGAUGACAACUUCCACGUUUUCCUCACCAAACAAACCACAUCCAUAAUAGGGCUGCGGUGGGACUUUCCCGCGCCACUGGACGAACCGUUCGAUCUGUUCAAGGUGGAGAAAUGCUACAGCUGCAAGCGGAAUCAGUGGCGCGUGGUACACUGGGGAUCCGGUUGGUGCGUUACUAUCCACAAUCUCGAACAGAACCUGUGCUACUCGUUCCGCAUUAGCGUUUUGCGUCAGCAGGAAGAAGACGGUAGCUUCGUGUACGUUCGUGAGUCGCAGAUUUUCCGUACCUUUACGCUGCCGGAUGUCCCCUCGACGAUGUCGGUGUACCGAGCGGUGAAGAAGAACCAACCGGCGUUGGUGCGGAAGCUGUUGAGCAUGAAGCCGGACCUGAUUAAUGUGCCUGUCAACGAGGAAACCCUCUUGUAUCAAGCGGUUAAGAAUAACAACCUGGAAGUGAUCGAUCUGCUGUUCGAGUUUGGUGCGGACGUGAACCUCGGGAUACCAUGUAAUGGGGAAACGCCACUGCACCUGGCAGUCUAUAAUAAAAAUAUAAAGAUCGCUAGGCACCUCAUCGAACAUGGUGCACACGUGAACGCCUCGAAUUACAUCGGAAUGACAGCAGGGCACUAUGCGAUCGAUGCAAAUGAUCUGCACACGCUAAAGUUCGUACUCUCCCAUGGUUGUAGUGUCGAGACACGUGAUCGGUGCAACUGGACGUUGAUCUUUCGGGCGAUAUUCAUGCGAGCAAACGCCGAGGUCAUCAAGCAUCUGUUGGAGCGCAAGUGUCGACUGAAGAUUCACGACAGUAACAAGCUGACGCCGCUGGAUUACGCCCAGCUAACGGAACAGGAGGAAUUUGUCAGAUUGAUCAAGAAAAGACUCAAAAUAUAAGUUUAACGCGUUUUCACGUUUUCUUUAUUAUUUACAGUGUGUAAUUUGUGUUUAAUUUUGUUUCUUGCACGUUCUUCCUACUCGGCAUUAAAUAAAACUUAUCUA